UUUCUCUUGAUAUGUGACAGCUUGUCAAAUGUGGUGGCCAUACUACCAUUUACAUAAGCGGAAAUUUGAAGCGCACUUCGAAGUGCACUUUGAAGUGGCGCAAGCACGCUUGAAGAAUUCAAGCAGAACGUUAAAUUUAUAGCUGGCACAAUAGUAUUGAUACUUUGACUUCCAAUAUGAAUUGUAUUGAGAGUGAAUCCGAGGUGGUGAUAGAAAUACCUGAGUUUAAUGAAGAAUUAUUUCUAAAAUGCAUUUGCAACUACCCUGCGAUUUACAACCCAAGCAGCAAGGCAUAUAGUAACAGAAUGUUAAAAGAAACGGCUUAUGAAAAUAUUGCCCGUACCAUGCUAACAACUGUCGACAUUUGUAAAAGAAAGUGGAAAUCACUUAAGGAGAAAUACAAUCGGGAAAAACAUAAAUUAGAAAUGAUGUCUAGAAGUGGUGCUCCUGCAUUCCAAACCAAUAAAUGGCAAUUUAUGUCAUUCUUUGAAUAUAUGUAUGAUGAUGUGACACCAAGGAGUACGCAGUCCAGUUCAUUGAGCGAUACAGGUAGAAGUAGUAUUGAACUUGAAGAAGCUGCGGAUGUGACACUUGUGCCAUCUAAUGAAAUGAGUUCAUCUGUAUUGCCAUCAACUUCAGCUUGCAGUACCCCCCCUCGACGAACACAGAAGCGGAAAAUUACCCAAGAUAAUGGAAAAGAUCCUGUAAUUGAAAUACUUUCCAAAGUUAGCAAUUCAAUUGAGAAGGUGAGCAACAGUGCAGUAGCCAAUGAUAAAUUCACAGAUUUUGCACGGUAUUUGUGUGCAGAACUUCGAGAGUGGCCAUAUGAUAAAGCGAAUGAAUUUAUGGAUGAAACAUUAAUUAGAUUAUUACAAACAAAAAGAAAAAUUGUGUAAAUGUAAAUUCACAAGUUAUUUUUAUAUUCCUAAAAUCCUAUUUAAAUGUGAAUUUCAAAAUAAAUUUUAUUUUCUAUGUACUACAUUA